AUGGAUCAAGCGUCCGAAGAACCAAUUUUUGUUAAUGUCACAAGAUUUUCAUCCUUGAAGAAAUUAUACCUGCAAAAGAAUGUGCUGAAUGGUUUUUUCAUGGAAAGAGUGGGACAAGUUUCGAGCCUAGAGUAUCUAGGCUUGUUUGAUAACCAAAUGAGAGGGCCAUUACUAGAUUUAGCAUGGUUUCCAUCAUUAAGAGAGCUGCAUCUUGGCACUAAUCAAUUUCAAGGAAGGAUACCACAAGGUAUUGGAAAGCUUUCACAGCUUAGAAUUUUGGAUGUCUCGUCCAAUAGGUUAGACGGAUUACCAGAAAUCAUGGGGCAACUAUCAAACCUGGAAAUGUUUGAUGCCUCUAAUAAUGAAGGGUACUAUCACAGAGUCCCACUUUUCAAAUCUCUCCAAUUUUGUAGACUUAGACCUAUCCUUCAACUUGUUGACUUUGAACACGAGCUUUGA